AUGGACUCGAAGACCAGAAGUGUCCCUUCAGAUCUGAGCUUCCUGCCGCGUCCCGCCCUGGUCUGGUGUGAGCGUGGUAUCCAGGUGCUGCUGACCACAAUGGGUGCGUUCGCCGCCUUCGCCCUCAUGACGGUGGCCAUUGGGACCGACUACUGGCUUUACGCUCGCGCCUUCAUCUGCAACAGCACGGCCAACUCCUCCUCCCAGGACGACUCCAACAAGGACAAAAAGGACCCGGGGGCCCUCACCCACUCUGGGCUCUGGAGGAUCUGCUGUCUGGAGGGUCUGAAGCGUGGAGUUUGUUCACAAAUCAACCAUUUCCCUGAAGACGCGGACUACGACCAGGACUCGGCCGAAUACCUGCUCCGUGUGGUGAGGGCCUCCAGCAUCUUUCCCAUCCUCAGUGCCAUCCUGCUGCUGCUGGGAGGAGUGUGUGUCGCCUCCAGUGGAUUUUACAAAAGCAAAAGGAACAUCGUUCUGGGAGGAGGCAUCCUGUUUGUGGCAGCAGGUCUGAGUAACAUCAUCGGUGUCAUAGUUUACAUCUCUGCGGCGCUCAGCGACAUCUCACCCAAAAAGGACGAGGACAAAAAGUGGCACUACUCGUACGGCUGGUCCUUCUACUUUGGCGGUUUGUCCUUCAUCCUCGCCGAGAUGGUGGGCGUCCUCGCCGUUAAUAUCUACAUCGAGAAGAACAAAGAACUGCGCUGCCGAUCUCGCGCCGACCUGUUCAAGAGCACCACGCACGCCGUCCUGCGCCUGCCGAGCUACCGCUUCCGUCGUCGCUCGCGCUCCAGCUCGCGCUCCACAGACCCACCGCGGUCCCAGGAGAACUCCCCCAUCGGAGCCAAGUCCUUCAACCUUCCUCCGUCUGCUCCUCCGUUCUCUGUGGCCACGCUUCCAAACCCACACCACGGCUCAGGCGGCAGCAGCGGCGGCGAUAUCUCCAUGUACACGCUUUCUCGCGACUCUAAACUGGGUGCGCCACCGCUCUACGGCACAGUGGACCGCGCCACGCUCUACCAGCUCCACAACUACUUCCCCAAAGAUUCUUCUGGUGGCAGCAGCAGUGGUGGCGGAGGAGGAGGUGGCAUCAACAGUGGGACUCUGCCCUCGCAUUCCAAGUCCAACCUGGCAACUGCCGCGGCACAGAAUGCGGCGCCGUUGAAUACAUCUACCUCCGCGGCGGCGACGGGGUCCUCCUCCGCGGGGGGAGGGGGGAGCCAGCAAAACCCAGUAUCCACAGCAACCAUGGAGCGUGACCGCAGCAACGUGGGAACGCUGGACCGCCUCACGGCGAAGAGGGAACGUGACAGCAACUCAGAUACGCUGAACAGGAAGACCACGCCAGUGUGA